UACAGCGAGAAGAAGAAGAAAACACAUUCACGCGAGAGAGUGCUCACGCUAUGGCUUUUACGCUCAAGAGUGAACUCAUCAUCUCCCUUGUUCUAAUUCUUGGCGCUUGGGCGUGGCAUGCGAUGUCGGUCCGCCCGUUGCACGAUCCCACCGUUGCUGAGCAGCAUGAGCAAUGGAUGGCCAAUUACGGCCGGACCUACAAUGAUCUACAGGAGAAGGCGAAGCGCCAGGCGAUUUUUGCAAAGAACUUGCAGUUCAUUGAAGAUUUCAACAAGUCCGGGAAUCGGACCUUCCAGUUAGGUCUCAACCAAUUCUCAGACUUGACCAACGAGGAGUUUGUCCGAAGCCAUACUGGGUACUUGGCACCCAAGCAAUCUAAGCCUGCCACGUCCUUUAGCCACCAAAAUCUGACUGGAGAUGUUCCUGAUAACAUCGAUUGGGUAAAGAAAGGUGUCGUAAACGCGAUUAAGGACCAAGGCAACUGUGGAUCCUGCUGGGCAUUCUCAGUCGUUGCAGCAGUAGAAGGGAUCGUGGGUAUCACCAAUGGUACACUGCCAGUACUCUCCGAGCAACAGCUAAUAGACUGUGAUACCACAAACUACGGCUGCAGUGGCGGUUACCCAGACAAUUCUUUCAAGUACAUUGUCGAAAACCAAGGAAUUGCGUCCGAGGAUAGCUAUCCAUAUGAAGGAGUGGACGGGACCUGCGAUGCAACAAAAGCAGCAGAACACGCGGCACAGAUCAAGGGUUUCACGGAUGUCCCAUCUGGUGAGGACGAGCUCAUGAAGGCAGUUGCGCAGCAGCCGGUCUCAGUCAUAAUCUCAUCAGGCUGCCAAGAGUUCCAGAGCUAUAGUGGAGGCGUGUUCAAUAGCGAAUGCGGCCAGCAGCUAGACCAUGCAGUCGUCGUGGUUGGGUACGGGACAAGCGAGGAAGGAACCGACUUCUGGAAGAUCAGGAACUCGUGGGGCGAGCAAUGGGGUGAACGCGGUUACAUGAGGAUUCAAAGAGGCCGUGGUAGUUCUGAAGGAAUAUGCAGAGUCGCAUCGAAAGCUUCUUAUCCAACUGCUUGAGAGUACCAAUUACAACAUACAUAAACCCAUCACAUGGGUCAUGCGAUUAUGAGUUGCGGUUUGUGUUGUUACUUAUAUUUCAUGUGCUUUUAGCAAUCGUUGUGUGCUUGUACGAGGCUACUUUCUAGCCACUAAAUUAUAUGGCGGACUACGAAUUAAUGUCCGUAAAAUAUUAAUCAACUUCUUAUUGAAUGUUCGA